UCUAUGCAACAAGAGGGCCCCCACCUUACACGUUAUCCUGCUGGUAGAAAUGCUCAGGAUUGGUCAGGCACUGAUCAGCUGGUCCGUUUCCCCGCGGUCUCAGAUUGGAACCUCGCCACCCCCCCUUCGGCUAAAACCAAAUCUCAGAUAAAGUAAUGGCAAAUACCACUUGGACUAUAAAACACAACAAAUCAUAACACACGGACAAUAACACUGGCCACCCCAUGAGUUCCUAUUUCGUCAACUCAACUUUUCCCGUGUCUCUACCCGGAGGACAGGAGUCUUUCUUGGGUCAGAUACCGCUAUAUUCCUCUGGAUAUACAGAUUCUUUAAGACAUUAUCCAAGCGCUACGUUCGGAGCUACCAAUGUCCAGGACAAGGUUUACACCUCCUCGUAUUAUCAGCAAGCUGGGGGUGUUUUUGGGAGAAGCGGAUCCACCAGUGCUUGUGACUACACAACACCCAAUAUUUACCGAACCGCUGAACGCUCGUGCGCUAUUGGAAGUCUGGAAGACUCGCUGGUCCUAACCCAGGACCAGUGCAAGACGGACUGCACUGAACAGGGCACAGAGAGAUAUUUUAGCACUGAAGAUAAACCGUGUACCCCGGUUUACCCGUGGAUGCAGAGGAUGAACUCAUGUAAUGGAAUGCCUGGCAGCACUGGCCGCAGGGGUCGUCAAACCUACACUCGGUUUCAGACUCUUGAACUGGAAAAGGAGUUCCACUUUAACAGAUAUUUGACAAGAAGGCGAAGAAUUGAAAUAUCGCACGCUCUGUGUUUGACGGAACGACAGAUCAAAAUAUGGUUCCAAAACCGCAGAAUGAAAUGGAAAAAGGAGAAUAAAGCAGUGAACUCGGCAAAGGUCAGCGAUGAGGAAGAUGGUGGAAAGGCUGGAUAAAUGCUAAAAAGCAGCUUAUGGCGAAGCCCUAGAAACACUGUACAUAACAUGUAGAAUGUAGUUUUAAUUAAUACAUGGUCUGUCCAACAGGAAAAAAAAGCUACCUAAUAAGUGUUAUGUUGACUCCAAAAAGCUUCAAGGGAGACUUUCUUUCUUAUAAAAACAGGCGUCGAACUCACCUCUGUAAAGACGGUAAAAGUUUUGGGAGGUGCUUUAACUACUGUUGUGCAUUUUAUUUGGACUAUCCAAGGUAAUAAGAUAAACGUUUUCAAACGUUUGAGCGUUGUAAUGACUAAUUUGAAAAAGAAGUUCAUGUUUAAAACUUUGGGUUCAAUGGUCCUGUAUUUAGUCCACGUGUAUUAGUAAAGAAGAAAAUGUGACUUUUUUUAUUCUUAAUUUAUUGGGUCGUCACUUUUGUGUAUAUGUGAAUGCACUAUUAAUA